ACAUAUACAUCUACAUAUACAUAUAUACAGUAAGCGCAUGCAUACAUACAUUUGCAGAAAUAAAUGUGUAUAUCCCAAUAUACCGAUGAGUCUGUUUGCCUCUAUUUAUAUGCAUACGUGCACCUUCAUACAAGCAUACAAACCGUCAGACAGCUAGACAGACAGACAGACAGACAAAUAGCUAGAAAGCCCGACAGACAAAAAAACAAACAGACAGACAGACAGCUAGACAGACAAACAAUCAGAUAAACAGGCAGGCAAAUCCCCAGCAAAGGCUCAACAGAGAGAGCCAAUCCUAAGCCCCCCCCCCCUCUCUCUCCCCAGAGCCAUGGACCGGCUGAAGGCACACGUGGCAGUGGCGGCGGCUGUGGCACUCGCGGCGCCCGGGGUGUCAGCUGGUGCCGCUCCCAUGCUGGAGCUGUACACGCUGACGAACAGCGGGGGUGCCAUGCUCACCGUCACGGGCCUUUGGCCUGGGGAGCAGGGGUUCAUUGACGUCACGAGAAGCAUCUGUGGCGUUGGAGUAUGGUUCUUAUACGAAGACGUAGAUUAUUCAGAACGUUCGGAGUUCGUGCACUUUCGCCUCCGAUUCCUACGCGUGUGAGAACCUGGACUCCAGCCAGUGGGAUAAGGUGACAUCCGUCCGCUACGCCGGCCCGGAUGACAUCACCGUCCCGACGCUGACGAUGUACCACGACGCCAACCAGUGCGGGGGGGAGCUGCUGGUUCUCAGGGACC